AGUCACGUGACCACAAGCAAGAUGGCAGCCCCCAUAGGAGGCACGCAGGAUAGUGACUCUGAUAGUAGUAAUGAGGAUCUCGAACGUUUCCGUGAAGCUGCCUGGGUACCACCAGGUGCUCAUCAAGAGGUGUCAGGUGAGAAGAAUGAAAAAAAAACUCAUCCAAGCCUCCGAGUGAGACCAGAUUGCCAUGAGCAUGAUGGGAAUGAGCUGCAGACCACCCCUGAAUUCCGUUCUCAUGUUUCAAAGAAACUUGCAGCCAUUUUAGACAGCUCCAUCAGGGAAGUUUCGCAAAACCAAACUCUGCAGAUGAAUAAACCAGAAAAUGACGACAGUGACGAAGAAGGUUUCCGCUUGUUUCGUACAUCUCUUCCCAGGGAGGCUGUAACCGUAACAUCAUCUAUAAUUCCCAGAAAAAAAAUGGCUUCUUCUAGCAGUGAGGACAGUGAAGAAGAGCAGCAGCAAAGGUGUCGGGAGGCAGCAGUCUCAGCUGAUGACAUACUCAGACAUAGUGCACUGCAGCAUGAGCCUCAGAGCACACCUUCCAACAUCUGUGACAAUCAGCCGAAAAAAAAGAAAAGGAAGAAGAAAAAGAAAGAUAGAAGUGAUACAACUGAGGUAAAACUAGAAGAAGAGGCAAUUCAUAUAGAACCUGGAAAGAAUGAGCUGCAGGCAAAACGAAAAAAGAAGAGGAAACAGAAUGUGGAUGUGGCACAUUGUGAAGAACUGGGGGACGGAAUAGUCGAAAAAUGAAACCCUGAUACUAGUCCAAUCAUUUUCUAAGGAAAUUACCUUCUGUAGACACUUGCAUUCCUAGUAUUUUAUGAAUAGAUGGUAAUGGUGGCACACAUUAUGGCAAAAGUUUGUGUUGUGCUUUGUGGCACGUUGCUGUACUGGCCAUAAAAGAGUGAGCUUUCCUUAUAAAAGUAAAGCAGUGGUACUCACUGGUACCUAACAUUUUCUUCCAAAGUCAUUCAGGGAGAGAAGACAUCUGGUACUUUAAUCCACCACUGACCCCUUGAGAAAUAACUGACCACUGAUCACAGUUUUUGUUUGUCCAAUAUAUUGUCUCACUGUGAGGAAGAUGCCAUUUGGGUGGACAUGAAACUGUCAAUGGUGCUGUGUGAAGGAGACAGCAGGUGACUGUGGUUCUCUGGAGAACUUGAAUUCUGAUAAUGUGCCAAGCUGGCUGAGGACACUGUGGAGAUAAAUAAAAUAUAAUCAAUGUACUUUUGUGUUUCCUUACAACUUAUCAGUCUGAUCAGUUUCUUGCAAUACUUAGCACUCGAAAACAGUGUGGAAUGCACUGAAUACAACUGAUUAUGGCAACUGAUCUCUUCCUCUGCUUUCUUUAAUACAUGGCUUGUUUUAGUCCCUGAAUGUACCGUAUUAAUUUAUGUUUUUAUGCAAAGAUAUCUAUGGAACAUUUCCACCCCCUAGCCAAUGUUCAACUUAUCUUGUGAAGGCAGCCAUCAGCUUGCAAAAUGAAUGUAACAUCUUUGUAUAUGUUAUGAUAUGGUGGAAGAUAAAGUGAAAAGACAAUAUCAAAGUAAAUGUUUUUGAAUUUCAAUCAGUACAUUAUUCAGAUGGAUCUUAUUCUUUUAUGCUAAUGCUGACUUCUUCCAUGAGAAAGCAAAUGUAAGCAGGCAGUGCUUGGCUAUGUAUAGAACAAAGCAGAAAUAGAGACUGCACUCAAGCAGAAUUCUCUUUCUGCUUUGUUCUAUACAUUGUUUGGACGCUGCCAUAUGCCUAGGAGACUUUGCACCACAGAAAAUUGCCUAAGGUGAGUGGAGCUGCCUUUUUUUUUUGUUUGCUACAAGUACUUGGCUAUGGCCAUGAAGUAAGUGCAGUAGUCAUGUGACUCCUGUGGAUUGUAAUGUAGGUACUGCUACAUGUGUGG